GAAGACAGCAAAACACCAGGUUCCCUCCUCCGCUUCUGUUACCCCUGCACCCUGGCGGAGGACCCUGUACUCGAGGAUUUCAGAGAGGUCAUUGAUGUUCUCGACGCAGCAAAAAAGUAUUCCCUGGAUGCCAUCCAGCAGGCGGUGCGCAAAUCUCUUUUCAUUCCAAAAAUAUUGGAAACGAAUUCGCUGCGCUGCUUCGCAAUCGCCUGCCGCACCCGCAUGCAGGACGAGUGUGAGCUUGCUGCUAAAUACACUCUUCGGGAGCCAUUGAUUCUGGGGUGGUUCGAGGAGAUCGAGCUAAUUACUUCUGCGGAACUCCUUUCGUUAUUGACAUACCAUCGAAUGUGCAGCAAUGCUGUCUAUUUUUUUAAGCGCAACCUUUCUUGGAUCCCAGAUGAACUCAAACAGGGUCAUGGCGUAUCCUGUCGAUGCCAACAUGAUGAAGAUUGGGAUUCGCCGGCCCUUGGUGAUUGGUGGCAGGCGUUCAUAGACUCCACUUUCUUCGAUUUGUGGGACAAACCCUGCGCAGAAAUGGUCCAGUUGAACAUCGAAAAGACAAUACACGCUAUUCGGCAACGCGGCUGUAACAAGUGUCGCAAAGUAGCACCAGGUCGCCUGCGAGAAGUCAACAUUCUCUUUACUCGCAAAGUCGAAGAGGUGACCUCAAAGGUGACCACUUUUCACUUACAUCUGAAGACGUCAUUCACCUGA